CGAUCGGAUCCUUGUAACCGUCGAAGGCAUCAUCCUUGCAUCAUCAUGCGUUCCUGCAGGUUCCUGAGCAUCGAGCCACUGUUUGACUUCGGUCCCCUGGGCUAUCAGUUUCAGCUGUCUCGGAGACACAAGCGUUUCAGGCCUAAAACCUGUCUUACAUAGCGCUGACAUUCUGUCAACAGCUUGCCAGAGGGCUGUACACACGCCAUUCUCGCCACUAAGAUAUCCCAAAGGUGUUAUGUUACCUCUAUGCCGCGGGCGCCGUCGGUAGGGCGACAGUGAUGUCGCUGCUAACCCCCACCAACACGACCACCGAGCAAAACGGCCCACCCCUCCUGAUUGGCCCUCCCGUUGUUCCGCUGCCCCAAGUGCUCAUUGGUCCUAUACAUAUAGAAACUGCGACACCGCAAUCUCGCGUCCGCAUUUUGGCUGGCCCAAACGCGCAAAUCAGAGAUCAGCAGGUAGUAGGCCGUUCUCGACCCCCCGGGCGCCAGGUCGGUUUAUAUACUUACAUACCGAACGGCCAACGUUGGCCGCGCUGGUCCUCUCCCAUCUUCCGCGCUUUCCUUCACCUUGGCUUUCCCUCCCGCUUGUCCGUUUGUAACUGGCAAGACUUGGACUUCUACCAUAAUCUGAGUUUACCCACGAACGAAACGACCUUCACCUUGCAAUCUCUUCGAGACUGGCCGACCAGGUGUCGACAUGCUCAGCUAUGCGAACUUACCGCCCAUGCCCACGGCAUCCACUGUGCCAUCCGUUCCCAGCCCUCUUGAGGAGGAGUGGAACGCUCUCCUGCGACUCCUCGUUGGUGCUCAAAAUGCCCAUUACGUCACACUUGUGGGACUAGUUAUCCUGGUAUACGACUACAUGUUGACUUUUCCGGACGAAAUACAGUACUUCUGGGCUGAAUCAUGGGACAUCACCACGGUGCUGUUUUUCUUCAAUAGAUACCUGCCGAUGGUGGUCUUUGGACCAAUUGCUGCAGCCUUCUUCACUGAAGGUAUCGAACCGAAGGUAUGUGACCAUGUCAUGCAGUUCACCUUUAUUACCUCAAUCGUCGCGCUGACCAUCAAUCAAGCCAUCCUCGUACUCCGCGUAUGGUACAUGUUCCCCGAUCGCCGCUCGAUGCGGUACGCCUGCGUUUUCAGCUUCGUCGCUUGCACCGUCGCCUCCCUAGCCACGCUUUUCGCAUCAUACAAUCAGAUCCACGAUCAGGAUGUCGCGUCGUUACCAAUUUCGUAUCCUCUCUUGGGCUGCACAGUUCCGUCCGCGAGUGGAAUCUGGCGCAUCUUUGUGCCGCAGAUUGUGAUACACCUGGUGCUGUACUUCUUCACGGUCAUUCGGGCGCUUGAUGGGUCCUGGAAGAUAGUGAAGCAGCCACUGAUGGUCAGGCUGAUCAGAGAUGGUGGCUUCGUUUUCUUUGUUGCUCUUGUCGCUGCCACAGGGUCUGCAGUGGGCGCACGCAUGGUCGAUAUUCCUGAGUUCAACAUUCCCGCCCUCUACUCUGACUUCACACUCGCCAUUAACUCCGUAAUUGUGUCGCGCCUAGCGCUGAGCAUGCAGUCAACCGCCGAGAAGCUCAACACGGACCCUCUGUGGCUCUUGAACCCGACCGAGCUGGGCCGGCUCAACUGGAAGCUCGGCGCUAACCAGGAGAUCGUCGUCGAAAUGGGACCGUUCGUAUAGCCAUGACGUCAACGCUGCUCUCUCUUCCCUUUGUCUCCACGGUCCACUAUUUUCAGCGCAUGAUCACGAUCGGCGCGUUGAUACUAUAGGGUUUGCUGGGCCGACAACGUGUUCGACGUGGCCUCGUACCGGUUAUUUGGUAUGAGCCGCAUCGAUUCAUCUACUCGCUGAUGUUCAGCCAGCUAAUCACUGUGGCGCCGAUCGCCUGGGGUCGGGAUGUUAGUGUGAGUGCGUGCAUGUGUGCAACUAGGGUCUAAUGAGAUGGGGUGGGAUGGGCUGCACGUUGCACUUAGAUUAUUGUUUUCGCUUCGCUUUCACUCGCUAGUCUGUACUAUAUCUCGUCACGAUGGAUACACGCUUCCAGAGACGUCCUCAGCCUUAUGGUGAAACCCUGGACUUCUGUACACGAGCCCAUAGUGUCUGCAGGAGGGCAGGCAAAAUGACGUAACAAGCCAUCUGGGC